CACAAUUCAUUGCUCAUCUGCCAGAAAGACAAGGACUCUUCUCAUUACUCAUUACUCACUACUAUUUCUUGCGUGUGAAGCUACACCAAACCCUACUCAAAAUCCCCCACCAUGAUCCCUGAUUCCACCCGCCACCGCCCCCACUACCCUCCACUCUCCCGCCACCGCAUCCCCCACCGCCCCACAAACCGUAAAUUCAUAGUAAAACUCAUCUCAACUCACCACACUCGGUCUCACAGUAACCAUCCAGUCGACUCAAUUGUUUCCCAAUGUACCCCUAAACCGUUCCAAACCAGCACCAGACCGCCGUCCACCGGUUCACUAGCGGCCAAGCUUUCAUACGGACACCAAAUUGACGCCGUUAAAGCUUUUAUUUUUCUGUGGGAAAAGAGGUUGUUAGGUGAUCAUUUGUUUAACCCUAUUGCUGAGUUUGCUAUUAAUGAUGAAACCAAUGAUAAAAUUAGGGUUUUGUUUCAAUUGUAUUGUAGAAGCCUAUUAGAAGGUGAAAUUUUGGGGAAAUUAGAGCGGAGAGUUAAUGAAUUGUCUGUUGAUGUUGAAAAAAUUUGUAAGAAACCUAAGGGAUUGGGAGUUUUUGAUGAGCUUAAAGGUGAGAAGGAGAGAUUAGUGGGGGAAGUGGAUGGGAUUGUUAAGAGAAUUGAGGAGUUUAAAUUUGGGGUUAAGUGUGUGUUGGAUUACUUGGAAAAGAAGGAUGCUGAGGGAGGAGAUAUGGAGUUGAGGGUUUUGUUGGGGUUUAGAAAUGGGAAGAGUUAUAAUUGGAGUAAGUUGCAUUGUUUGUUGUUGAGAGAAUGUAGAAGGGUUGAAGAUGGCUUGCCGAUGUACGGCUUUCGGAGGGAGAUUUUGCGGCAAAUACAUUCGCAGCAGGUAAUAGUCUUGAUUGGAGAGACAGGUUCUGGGAAGAGUACACAAUUGGUACAGUAUCUUGCUGAUUCAGGGGUUGCUGCCAGUGGCUCUAUUUUGUGCACUCAGCCUCGUAAAAUUUCUGCUCUUUCCUUGGCGAAGAGGGUUGGUGAGGAUACUAGUGGAUGUUAUGACGAUAAUUCAGUUGUCUGUUUUCCAAAUUAUUCGUCUCGCCAGUUGCUUCAUUCUAAGGUAAUAUACAUGACUGAUCACUGUCUAAUGCGUCAUCUCAUGAGAGAUAAGACUUUGUCUGGAGUUUCAUGUAUUAUUGUGGAUGAAGCUCAUGAUAGAAGCUUGAAUACUGAUCUCCUUUUGGCCUUGAUUAAACAUUUGCUUAUUGAUAGGCAUGAUCUAAGGCUUGUUAUAAUGUCUGCAACAGUUGAUGCAACCAAAAUAUCAGAAUACUUUUUUGGCUGCGGAACCUUUCAUGUGAUGGGGAGAAAUUUUCCUGUUGAUAUCAAAUAUGUUCCUGGUGCUUCUGAAGGGUCUUCUGUUCACUUAUUUGGUGUUAAUAAUAUUGCUCCAUAUGUUUCUGACGCUGUAAAGAGGGCAACAGAGAUUCAUCAAGAAGACAAAGAAGGGGCUGUUCUUGCCUUUUUGACUUCCCAGCUGGAGGUAGAAUGGGCUUGUGAAAAGUUUCACUCUCCCUCUGCAAUUGUAUUGCCUUUACAUGGAAAGCUUUCCCAGGAAGAGCAAUCUCGCGUUUUCCAGAAUUAUCCAGGGAAGAGAAAAGUUAUUUUUGCUACAAAUUUAGCUGAAACAUCUUUGACAAUUCCUGGGGUCAAGUUUGUGAUUGAUUCUGGAAUGGUUAAGGAAAGGAAGUUUGAACCUUCUUCUGGCAUGACCAUUUUCAGAGUUUCGAAGAUUAGCCAGAGUUCUGCUAAACAAAGAGCUGGUCGUGCUGGUAGAACGGAACCUGGCAAGUGCUAUCGACUUUACUCAAAAUCUGAUUAUCAGUCUAUGGCUCUCCAUCAGCAACCUGGGAUUUAUAAAGUCCACCUUGGUAUUGCAGUGUUAAGGAUCCUUGCUUUGGGUAUUAAGAACGUGCUAGACUUUGAUUUCAUAGAUGCUCCUAGUGAAACGGCCGUUGACAUGGCCAUCAAGAACCUCAAGCAGUUGGGUGCUGUUACCUGCAAAAAUAAUUUUUUUGAAUUGACUUCUGUUGGGCACGACUUAGUUAAGUUGGAUAUUGAACCCCGACUGGGGAAGAUAAUUCUUGAUAGCUUCCAUUGUGGUUUGCGUAAAGAGGGAGUUGUUCUUGCUGCUGUUAUGGCUAAUGCAAGCAGCAUAUUUUGCAGAGUUGGUACCGAUGAUGACAAACUGAAGUCAGAUUGCCUUAAAGUGCAAUUUUGCCAUCAGGAUGGAGAUCUUUUCACAUUGCUUACUGUUUACAGGGAAUGGGAAGAUAUCUCUCUAGAGGAUAGAAAUAAGUGGUGUUGGAAUAAUAGCAUAAAUGCAAAAACUAUGCGUAAAUGCAACCAGACAGUGCAAGAGUUGGAGAACUGUUUACGUACUGAACUUAAUAAAUCUAUUUCGUCUUACUGGGUUUGGAAGCCUCAUGCUGUCACAGGUCAUGACAGAAGUUUGAAGAAGAUUAUACUUUCUUCUCUAAUAGAUAAUGUUGCCAUGUAUUCUGGAUAUGAUGGUCUCGGUUAUCAAGUGGCUUUGAGUGGAGAAUAUGCUCAACUUCAUCCUUCAUGUUCAUUGCAAGCAUAUAGUGGAAAGCCAAACUGGGUUGUGUUUUCUGAGCUCUUGUCUGCAUCAAGUCAAUAUUUGGUCUGCGUUACUGCCGUAGACUUCGAUAGUUUGUCUGCUUGUAAUCCUCCUUCAUUUGACAUCUCAAAAAUGCAAAGUAGAAAAUUGCAAUUGAGGGUGAUCAAAGGAUUUAGCAGCACUGCUUUGAAAAGGUUCUGUGGGAAGGCAAAUCAUAACUUACGUUCUGUUCUAUCUCGCAUACGGAGACAGUUCACGGAUAAGCCGAUAGAUAUUGAAAUUAGUUGGGAUAAGUAUGAGGUUCUAUUAUAUGCAUCUUUACAAGACAUGGAGAAGGUUUAUGGCCUUGUUAAUGAUGCAUUAGAAUAUGAAAUGAAGUGGUUGAAUAAUGAAUGCCUGGAGAAGCGCUUGUGUAACAGCGGACGAGCUGGGGCUGCGCUUUUUGGAGCUGGUGCAGAAAUCAGGCAUCUUGAAUUAGAAAACAGAUGCUUGAGUGUAGAUGUGUUUCUUUCAGAUAGAAGUCCUGCAGAUGACAAGGAGAUUUUGACAUUCUUGGAGAAAUCAGUUUCUGGGGUAUGCUGGUUUCAUAGAUUUGCAGGCAGCAAACUGGAUACUGGCCAUGUGGUGAAGUGGGGCAGGGUGACAUUUCUUACCCCUGAAGCUACUAGAAAAGCCUUAGAGUUCAAUGGAUUUGAUUUAUCAGGUUCUUUGCUUAAGCUGUCCCCUGCGAGCACUGGAGGAGGUAGUCAUAAAUUAUUAUCAUUUCUUGAUUUAAGAGCCAAAAUCACGUGGCCACGGAGGUAUAGCAAAGGGUGUGCAAUAGUCACAUGCGAAAGGAAUGAAGCACAGUUUGUUGUUCGAGAUUGCUUCGAUCUGCCGAUUGGAGGCAGGCUUUGUGAGCUUAGCACUAAGGGGAUGAAUUGCAUUGUCAUCGAAGGACUGGAUAGAGAAACUUCUGAAUCUGAAAUUCAUGACGCUCUUCAAAUGUCUACAGGCAGGAGAAUUUUGAAAGUUUUUUUGAAACGAGGAGAUGCUGUGAAUAAUAAUCCUUCAAUCAGUGCUUGCGAGGAUGCAAUUCUCAAGGAAAUUGCCCCCUUCAUGCCUAACCAGGCUCCCUUGAGCAAUUAUUGUCAUGUUCAGGUCCAUUCCCCUAAUCCGAAGGAUGUUUUUAUGAAGGCUUGGAUCACCUUUGAUGGAAGACUACAUUUAGAGGCUGCAAAAGCUUUGCAACAUAUCCAAGGAAAGGUCAUUGCUGGAUGUUUUUCAUGGCAGAAAAUGCAAUGUGAGCAGAAGUUCCACAGCUUUGUAUCAUGUCCUGCUCCUGUGCGUGCACUCAUUGAGAGGCAACUUAACUCUUUGCUGAAAAGGUUCAAUCUUCGGCCUGGUGUGGAGUGCAGUGAAGAAUGGAAAAAUGGUUCUUACAGGGUGAAAAUAUCCGCAAAUGCAACAAAGAUAGUAGCAGAGUUGAGGAAACCACUGGAGCAGCUAAUGAACGGAAAGACGGUAGAUCAUGGUAGCCUCACCCCAGCAGUUGUGCAGCUUCUCUUCUCCGCAGAUGGCAGAUCUAUUAUGAGUUCGCUGCAACAGGAAACGAGAACUUACAUUCUCUUUGAUAGGCACAACCUCAAUGUUAGAAUCUACGGUCCUGAGAAUAAAAUUGCUCUUGCCGAGCAAAAGUUGAUACGGUCCCUUCUAUCACUGCAUGAUAAGAAGCAAAUGCAUAUUCCUCUUCGAGGUGGAGUUAUGCCGCACAAUCUUAUGAAGAAAGUGGUUGAGAAGUUUGGACCCGACUUACACGUGCUCAAAGAAAUGUUUCCCGAUUCUGCAUUUACUCUCAAUACAAGGCGCCAUGUCAUCUCUCUUACCGGCAAAGAGGAUUUGAGGCUGAGAGUGGAGGAUAUAGUUCACGACUUCGCACGGUCUCUUAGCAUCAAUGAAUCUGAGAAAAAACCCGAGUUUGAAGCUACUAGCUGCCCAAUUUGCUUGUGUGAGGUUGAGGAAUGUUACCAGCUUGAGGCUUGCGCACAUAAAUUCUGUCAGUCGUGCUUAGUUGAGCAGUUAGAGUCUGCAAUGAGAGGACGUGAUGGUUUUCCUAUACGUUGUACUUACAAAGGUUGCGGGAUGCACAUUUUGCUGGCGGAUUUGAAGUCCUUAUUACCGGGUGACAAGCUAGACGACCUUUUUAGAGCUUCUGUUUGGGCAUUUGUAGCAUCGAGCGGUGGGAAGUACAGAUUCUGCCCUUCUCCCGAUUGUCCAUCAGUUUACCGAGUGAUCGAUACUGGGACACUUGGAGGUCUAUUUAGAUGUGGGGCAUGCUAUGCUGAGACAUGUACGAGGUGUCACUUGGAGUACCACCCGUACGUUUCAUGUGAACAAUACAAAAUGUUCAAGGACGAUCCGGAUUUGUCGUUGAAGGACUGGCGUAAGGGAAAAGAUCAUGUUAAGAGCUGUCCGGUAUGCAGGUACGUAAUCGAGAAGAUCGAUGGCUGCAACCACAUCGAGUGUAAAUGCGGCAAACACGUCUGUUGGGUCUGCUUGGAAUUCUUUAGCAGUAGCGAAGACUGUUAUGGGCAUUUGAGAGAGAUACAUAAAGCAAUACAGUAACCUAUUGUACAUAGUUAUUACUAUAAUAUCUACCUAUAUUACAAUUAAUAGUCCUAGUAUAAUAUGCGAUUUAGGACCUUUUUCAUGCUAUUCUGUUAGGCUCAUGUUUGUUUUCUGCUCGAUAAUGGCUUGAGUUUUAACCGCAUGUAAAUGUGGUUCAGUUUUAUCUUGGAUGUUGAUUGAUCAUGCUAAUAUCAACUAGAUUUUCUCUCUGUUCUGUAGUGGUGUGCAUUGGCUGGUUUGACUGAACCGCUCCAGAAUUUAUAAAUGUUUUUAGAA